AUGCAUCUGGGUCACUUAGGUUUAUUACUGGUGUGUGUCACUGGCCCUAGGUCAGCCCUAACAUACUUUACAUCUUUGUCACAGGCUUAUGAAUGGUGUCUCUCAGUAAUAAAGGGUGGGUUAGACUGGCUUGGCAUGGCCUUGGACUGUAGAGCAUCUUUUGGUGAGCCAUCAUCAGCCUAGCUUUGUGUUCGUCACAGGGUAGGGAGGGUUUCACUGAGGAAGCCUAGCAGGCUGGGUCAUGUCAGGACAACCUCAGAGGCCUGUAGGAUAAUUCCAAACGAAGCCGGUUGAUAUCAAAGGAAGGAAUUAAACCAAAUUGACCAUAUAAACAACAACUGCAUUAUAAAGUGGCACUGUAUGCAUUUUAUGUAGCCUAUGGCACUGAUUUCAAUGUGCAUACUUCAUUUGCAAAUGUUGAAGUUGAUAUCGACAACCUCUUGAGUUUGUCAAGUGUUGUUGUUGGUUACCUAACCAGCCUUUGUGUUGGCACAAUAAAAUCACCCUGUUGGGCUUUCUGCCGGCUGCUGUAAACAGUGUGUUCCAGGGAUAAUAAUCUAGGCCUCAUUUGAGAUAAGACAUUGUAUGAUUUCUGUUCAGCAGCCUCCCUAUGCAGUCUACACUGUGCUCUGUCUGGGGGCUACCCCUAGCCCCUGCUGUCUCAUUCUGUGUGUGCAGUUGGGAGUCUGGAGAGAGCAGGAUGUGACCACGCUCACGUACAACACUGGGCUGCUGGCUCUGUGAUGUCACUGAGCUGCCGCCUAUUGGUUUUACUGCUGCUGUGUGGAAUGGCCCUGUCACGAUGCAUUUACACACUGAAAGAGAUGAGCUGUGUGUAGGCCUGGUUCUAGAGGGUAGCCUGCCCUAAAUACUAGUGAUGGUGGGGGAUCGAUAGUUACAUAUCGGGAUAUUAUUUUGGACAAUAUCGCAAUAUUAUUUUUGCGCUAGUUGGCUGUACCAAAACUCCAGUAUUUUUAAAUAGGGAGCCAAUUCUGUCAGGCCUUUUAUUUCCAUGACUGAUUACUUGUUUUCUUAUGGCUCUCUCGUCCCUCUGCAGCAGACAUAUGGUGAGCAAUAUGUUUGGAACAUCGAAUCGCAAUAAAAUCACAGUAUCGACUCACAAUACAUAUCAUAUCGACACCUAAGUAUCGUGAUAAUAUCCUAAGGUCCCAGGCAAUUCCCAGACCUACUGAAUAGCCUACUUGCAGAGAGGAGAAUCUGUAGCCAAAUGAAUGAGAACAAAGAGGUUUUGGGGUGCGGAAUACAACAUUGGCUAAUGCAAAUGUUAGGCUAACAAAUCUAGCCUCGGCUAAUUCAAGCUAGGCUAGUAAUUUUGAGGGGAAAUGUGUGACACGAUUGUGCUUUUCAGUAAGCGGCGCUAUUGAGGAGAAUAACAUGCUCUCUCUGUCCCUAUGCAUUCUGCAGAUUAUCUCAUCUGCUUUUAAGUAGUGUCUUAAAGGUCUGCCAGACUAGUGAAACUGGCAUCUGUUCACCACAACAUGCACCAAGGUAGACCAACAGAUGUAGCCUAUUAGAAAGCUUAGUAUUUCCUAGAAGCUCCACCUUGAAGAAGCAAUCAGUGAGCAUGUUCAUGUGAGUGUCACUGUAUAAUUUAGACUAGGUGAAAGUCAAAACUCUCCACUGGUUAGUGUUUAGGCUACUCCUGCUUGUUAACCCUGUCUGUGUCCAGGGCAGCCCUCCAGUGAUUCCCCUCGUCAUACCUUUGUAUGUGGUAUGUAGGCUAUAUAUUGCCACAUUCCUGGGUGAUAUAACCAUGGCAACAGAGCCCCUGUAGCAGACUGCAGCGUUGACUCAGACUCCACACUCUCAAAGUAGAGAUGCUCCACCUUACACAAACAGAGCUACCUCAUUGACAGUUUUUUAGCCUGCCAUUGAGAAUUUGGCCUGACCUACAGAAGAACCUGUUGUGUAAUACUGUAAAGAUGGACACUAGAAAAUGGAAGAGUCUUGAACAUGAUAACUUUAUAAUACUAUGAAGUAACCUAUUUGGUUUGAGGCCGUUCUUCUCAAUGUUCCCUUGUUUUCAACAGCUCUGUAUUGAGCCAUGUUGAAAGUGAUCUGUCCUGGGCUAGGAGGAAGUAAUGAAAACACUGUGCCAGCCAGGGCUGCGGGCUGCCGUUGCCAUGGGUGACUCAGUCCAGGGGAGGAGGGGGAGAACACAAUCUACAAACAGCUCAAUGUGCGCCUCAAUCUGAGAAUUCUGUGGAAUGUUACUGGUUAGGAAUAGCCUCAACAUGAAUAUGUAGCCCAGGCAUGUUCUAGAUCAAUUGUAUUUAGGCCCAUGUCUUUGUCUAUGGUGCAGGGAAGGGCUUCAAUCACACUUCCUGUUUUUUCAGCUGUAGUUGUAUUCUGAAUAGGUUCCUCAUUCCACAAACAGUUAUUUGCACAGACUUCAAUUGAUUCAAAGCCACACACUGUGCCUCAAAAAGCUGUUGUGUGCUAAUUCAUUACGCAAUUCUGUGUUGUAGACUGGAUCUAAAGUGGAUGGUUUCAUGAACCAGUGUGGUCCUGUGUUUAAUGUGGCAGUCCAGUCCAUGACCUGAUAAUGCUAGAGAUUGGAGAAACUGAAUUGCGUGAACCAUUGGCCCCUUACUGUCUUAGUAGUAUGCCUUUCAUAUCACCUCUUCUCUCUCCUCCAGGACUUCUUCAAAUUCUGCCAUCAUGCCCGGUUCAAAGUCUCAAGACAUGGGCUCUGCCUUCGUCCAGACGCAGCAGCUCGGCGCUGCCAUGGCCGACACCUUCUUGGAGCACAUGUGCCUGCUGGACAUCGACUCUGAGCCCACCACCGCCCGCAACACUGGCAUCAUCUGCACUAUCGGUCAGUGGCCACACACUCUCACACUAGGCUUGGGAGGUAUCCAGAUUGUCAAACCUUCAUACCAACCUUGUGCCAUCCCGGGAUAUUCGGUAAUACCGGCACUGAACACAAGGGCCACAUUUUCAAACCCCACUGAGCCUCUGUAAUCUGCCGGUUAGCAAUGCUAACACGUACAUGUGAAAUCCCAUAGAGAAUGCUAACGAACGCAUUGUCAAUUUGUCUCUGACCUAAACUAUAUAGAGGACCGACAUCCUGCUUCAGCUAGAUGGCAAACUAACUACUAAAUUAGUAAACCAAAUGCACAACUGCAGAGCAUUUAGCACAUUUUAGACAGUUAAUUUAAUAGUUAUUAGAUAUCUAGCUGGCAAACUUUUAGUUGUGAAUUCCUUACUGUAACUAGAUGACCUGGCGCGUGCUGGGCGCGUGCUGCACAACAGUGAGUGCCUCACAAGGCUCCGGUCUCUCGUCGUUGUGUGCUUGUAAACACCACGUGACUGGGGACUACCGGUAAGCUUCAUAAUAAAUUGUGAUAGGUGAAAUGAAGAACGCAAUCUUCAUCACAAGUUGACUGCAGGUAUUUACUUAAAGUAUCUACAAAUGUAUUAAACAAAACUUCAAAGAAAUAGCUUUGACGGUAUUGAAAAACAUCCCGUGGCCGUUUCCAAAUACCCCAGUAUAUCACCCAACACACACACCCAAUGGAUACUAGCUUUCAAAUGUCUGUAGGCCUAUACUAUUUUUACAUCAGCAUUUUAAAGGCCCUCUACUAUAGGAUGAUGCUAUGAAAUACCUACUGUAUGACAUCACACUAGUGUAUGUAUGCCGAUAUUUAAACCCGACCUCUAACCCCUAUCUGUCAUAACAGGGCCAGCCUCCCGCUCUGUGGACAUGCUGAAGGAGAUGAUCAAGUCUGGGAUGAACAUCGCUCGCAUGAACUUCUCCCAUGGAUCUCACGAGGUGGGUUCCCUAGCAUGUCUAGACACCUAGACUGCUGCAGUGGAGGAAGAUCACAGACUGGAUCCAGCCCUAAACCCCAUAUCUGAAUAGUGGUGGGGGGGGGGGGGGGAAUUGAUGGUUACAUAUCAGGAUAUUAUUUUGACGAUGUAUCAUUUUGACAGUAUCUCAAUAUGAUUUGCGCUAGUUUGCACAAAUGUCAGUAUUUUUCAUUCAUAGCUUGUUCUCCAUCUCUUUAAAUAGGGAGCCAAUUUGUUUUCAGCACUUAUUUCCAUGACUGAUCCAAACAUGUUUUCUCAUGACUCCCUCUUGUCCCUCAACAACAGACAUAUGGUGAGCGAUAUGUUUAGAACAUUGAAUUGCAAUAAAAUCACAGUAUCGAAUCACGAUACAUAUCGUAUCGGCACCAAAGUAUUGUGAUAAUAUCGUAUCGCGAGGUCCUUGGCAAUUCCCAGCCCUACAGACCCUGGUUAGAUUCCAGGCUGUAUCACAACCGGCCGUGAUUGGGAGUCCCAUAGGGCAGCGCACAAUUGGCCCAGCGUUGGCCGGGUUAGGCCGUCAUAGUUAAGAACAUAUUCUUAUUUACAGACUUGCUUUGUUAAAAAGCUUCAAAAAUAGCACACACACACAGGCUGUUUUGAUGAGCUUUAGGUCAAGUUUAGCUGCUCCAAUGUCUCUUCUUAAUGCCACUCGUCAUGGUCAGUCAGGCAUGCUCCUUUGCAACAUGUUAGCUACCUUCAGAAGAUGUCGUUGAACGUGCGAUGUACUGCGUGCCAACCAGGAUCUGCAGUUCAAGGGUGGAGUUGUCUGGGCAGGAUCAAAGGUAGGCACUAAACUGUGAGAUGGAGCAGACAGACAGCAGUGGAAACCUAACCUGAGGUGGCUUGUGCCACUAUAAAUACUUAAUCUGUGCCUUCCUCUUGUAGCUUUAUCACCCCACCCAGGGUGCAGGCCUGUAGCAACAGGUGGAGUCACUCCCACUCGUCACACUGUCACCUGCUCCAAUUCCCUGUUCAGUAGAGGUCACUCAGCAGGCCAAUGACACUUCCUCUGUCUUAACCUGCUACUCUCAGGCAGGGGGCCUGAGCCACUCACCUUGUCAUCCUGUCUUCUGGCCCUCCUCUACUGACUGUGCUGCAUCAUGGAGGCUUAUCAGAAUGUUAGGAAGGGCACAUCCACGUCUUUAUUUAUAGCUUCAUGGAAUGACAUUUCCACUUGUUGAAACUAUACCCAGUUCUCAGAUUACCUGGCUUUGUCUGACUAGCUGAUCUAAGAGAGAUGCUGAGAAUGUAGUUAUCUUGGUUUAAUUUGGCACUGUGCACUAUUGGCUCCCUUUGAUGCCAAGGCUGUUUGUGGUGAUACAGUAACAACAGUGCAGUAUAACUGGGAAGGAGAGAAUGGAAAUGAAGCCCUGUCUGAUUACCUGCCAAUUAAGUGCUUAGGUAAAGCUCAGGUUACUUACCCAGAUGGGGAGAAGCAUCAUGAUCCGUCUGGGGCAGCUGUCUCCAAGGGCAACUCUAGCACUGCCACUCAACCAUCAGCAUAGUUGUAAUGUACAUGUGGACAGGCAGGUUGUAGUAGUGUAUUAAACUCUUUGUAAACUGUGUUCUCUUGAUGAGUACAUGUCCAGGUCAUGCUGUCUGUGAAUAAGGUUUCAUGUUAACCACAAGUUUACAACUGCUAAAGGGUAUUGCACGGAGUGUCUAAUCUAAAUAGGGACUAGGUAAAAAUCGGGUUGACAAUAAGCUCUCAUGGGCACUUGCCCAUCUGGCAAGUUGGGAGCAGUUUUCACAUGCCUGAAGAUUAUGGUUACUUGGCCAACUUUUUUAUUUUUUUUUGGUUUUACACUUGCACAUGCCAUAAAUUGAGUUGUCUUUCACUCCAACAUGGGGGAAAUGAAAUUCACCUUUUGGUGAACCAGUCAUAGUGUCUUGUGAAUAAAAAUAAAAAUUUCACCAGCCACCCCAGUCCCAAAAAUGUUUAAAUCACACAACUCAAAAACAUGCUUUUUUGGGUCUUUUUUAAAAAUAUAUAUAUUUUUGGGGUAUCCAAUUGAUAGUUAGUCUUGUCCCGUCGCUGCAACUCCCGUACGGACUCGGGAUAGGCGAAGGUCGAGGGUUGUGCGUCCUCCGAAACACAACCCAGCUGAGCCGCACUGCUUCUUGACACAAUGCCCGCUUAACCCGGAAGCCAGCCGCACCAAUAUGUCAGAGGAAACACCGUACACCUGACGACCAUGUCCGCAUGCACUGCGCCCGGCCUGCCACAGGAGUCGCUAGUGCGCAAUGGGAUGAGAAUACCCCUGCCGGCCAAACCCUCCCCUAACCUGGACGACGCUGGGCCAAUUGUGCGCCGCCCCAUGGGUCUCCCGGUCGCCGCCCCAUGGGUCUCCCGGUCGCGGCUGGCUGUGACAGAACCUGGACUCGAACCAGGAUCUCUAGUGGCACAGCUACCACUGCGCCACUUGGGAGGCCCAUUAUGUCUAACUUGCUGAGAAGAGGUAUUCAUAAUGUGGAUUCUUUAUUAACUCAACUUUCUAUAGUAGUCAAGUGGAAAAAAGAGUUUGCCAAAAAUACAAUUCUAUCCCUUCACUGAUGAGCGGCUCGUGAGGGAGUUGCUUUUUCCACAAGCCUUUUUCUCAUGGCAAAUUAAUGAAACUGUAAACCCACUUCCUAGCUAGCACACUGGGCAGCUAAAUCAAAUGAAUAUUCUGUCUAAACUGAAACACUUGCAUUAUGAGGUGAUUUCCUAAAUGAAGGGCUGCAAGCGCCAGUUGAUCCACGACACGUGCUUCCGAAAUGGUGCAGCUUUCUAACUGUUUAGUUUACUUCCGUUUUUAACAGGGUGUUUUUCCCUUAGUAUUAGGAGUUGAGAGCUUAAAUUCACCAGAUUUGGUGGGUGUUAAUUGGUUUUCCAUGUUUAGUUUGUGAGCUUAAACUUGGUGGGCAGGAUUUUAUUAAAUAAUAAGGUAGACUAAUGAUUCUCAAAAAUAUGCUCUUUGACUUACCAAAACAAUGUUUUUGUUGCAUAUUUCAGUCUGAAACCUGCCUAGGUUUAGGGGGGUUGUAACUUAUUCUAAAUGGCACACUAGCAGUUUACAAAAUGGUACAGGAAAAUACACACCACCAAUUCAAAAAAUGCAGCUUGUGGUUGGAACGCAGGCCUACUUCCUACUUCAAUCAACCAGUCAAUUUUUUUUAUUUGUGAUAAAGUGUUCAUGAGUGGCAAGGAAUGUAGCUUGUCUACAGUUGUGUACCCCAUCAGUUAUAUAUAUUUUAUAGGUAGUAUUUCUGCAGGCCUAAUGGGAGCUUUUGUGUGUAAACUAGAGGGAGCGGUCGGAAUUGAGUGAGACAUGGAAGGGGAAAAGGAAUGUAGCUUGUCUACAGUUUUAUGUAUCCCAUCAGUUAGAUACGUUUUUAUAGGCAGUAUUUCUGAAGGCCUAAUGGGAGCGCGUGUGUGAACUAGAUGGAGUGGGGAAAUAACUGUGUAAUGGCUUGGCCUUGGUUUCUUUUUUUGUUGUGAGUUGCUAAUGAACAAAUGGAACAGUAGAAUCAAUGCGAAAUAACAGUGGUCUUCGGGACAAUUUCACCUGUCCAACCCGGGCAGCCACAAAGCAGAUUCCACCUGCUUGACUGUUCAGUUUAUCUGCCCAGGGCCAUCGGCUAACCGCUGCGACAUGCAUUUGCCUUCUUGAUUCGCACUGUUUACAUAAAAUAAUUACUCUGUACUGUAUGUUGUAGCUGAAAAUAUGACCAAUUUAAGUGACCUCUUCCUAGAAAUCCAGGGAGAAUGUUUUCUAUUGCUCUUCAGAACAUCUUCGCCUUAAUAAUUGAAAACCAUUUUAACUUUCUCAGUGGUACCUAUACAGAGGGUAGCUAGAUAUGUUUGACCUACUGGUAACUGUCUAGACUCUAGACCACAUCCUUGAUUGCGGUCAUAUUUCGCUCACGUUGAUGACCCAGUUGUUGGUAGUAGUUAUAAGGCAUAUCUUGUCUUAUUGCGCUACCCUGAUAUGUUGUCAGGUGAUUAUGUUCAGUUGCGUGACUCAUUACACCUACACUAGGUUUCUACCCUUCAUGAGUUUUCCCCUCCCUCCCCACGCCUGGUCCAUCUCUCACGUCAUCACUGAAAUAAAAUGUCAAUGAUGCGUUAUUGCUUUAGUGUUAAAUGUACAAGCCUGUUCAAAAAUUAUUUUCUUCUAGAAAAUGUUUUUUAUUCUGUUCUCUGUUCCCCAGUACCACUGUGAGACCAUUAAGAAUGUGCGUGAGGCCUGUGAGAGCUUUGAGCCCGGCAGCAUCCACUACCGCCCCGUGGCCAUCGCUCUGGACACCAAGGGACCUGAGAUCAGGACUGGACUUAUCAAGGGAGUGAGUAGAAAUGAUCAAACCAUGUUCCCAGCACACAUCAACUGAUUGGAGGCCCUAUCCAAUGUUUACUACACUCAUUUUGUUGUAAAAAUAUUGAGUACAGAUGUAGGAUCUUAAUUCAAGCCAGUUUGCUACAGCUGGGAAAUAAUCCUGCAGCAACAGGAAAUGUGGAUUAUAGUUAAUAUACUUUUUUUUGUAGGGAUUGAUCAUUUUUUCUUAAGGCAAAUCAAGCCUGAAAUUUCAAGUAGAAAUUACAAACUUCAGAAGCCUUUUUAAACCCCAAAUACACUACAAGGUUUACAUUUCCUGCAUUGCAGGAAAGUUCUCCUGCAACCGGGUGAUCAGAUUAAGAUCCUACGUCUGUAUGAACUGAUAUUGAAGGGCUUGUGAUAAAGAUAUCCUGGACUACUUCAAGCUUGAGACCAAUUUCGAACUCUGCUCCUUUUACUUCAAUGAGCCAUUUGAGUGGUUGAACCCCAAUAGUCAUGGUUCCUAUUGAGACUCAUCCAUGGUCCUGUGUGUGUCAGAGUGGCACAUCUGAGGUGGAGCUGAAGAAGGGCAACAUGAUCAAGUUGACCCUGGAUGAUGCCUACCAGGAGAACUGUGAUGAAGACAAUCUGUGGCUGGACUACAAGAACAUCACCAGGGUGGUGGAGCAGGGCAGCAAGAUCUACAUCGAUGACGGACUUGUGUCCCUCCAGGUCAAGGAGAUCGGUGAGUUAUCUAAGAGUCCGUGUCUGGCUCCCACUUAAGAAGAACUAAAUAGACUAGAGAAUAUUCCUCUGAGGAUCUAUGAGCCCUAGAAUCCCCUCACUUACUGAACCUUUGGGUGGUUAAAGGAUAGAGAUGGUUCUUUCAUAUUCUUUAGCCUGGAGAUGUAAUGGUGUCCUCUCCAAUGUGUGUCCCCAGGCAACGACUACCUGAUGUGUGAGAUUGAGAACGGAGGGACCCUGGGCAGUAAGAAGGGUGUGAACCUGCCUGGUGCUGCUGUGGACUUGCCUGCUGUCUCUGAGAAGGACAUCUCUGACCUGACCUUCGGUGUGGAGCAGGGCGUGGACAUGGUGUUUGCCUCUUUCAUCCGUAAAGCAGCCGACGUGCACGCUGUCAGGAAGGUGCUGGGAGAGAAGGGCAAGAACAUCAAGAUCAUCAGCAAACUGGAGAACCACGAGGGAGUCCGCAGGUCUGUGAUGGCAUUAAAUGCAAAGAAAUACAAGCUGAUUUUGGACCCUUGGCUAGUAGAAAUUGUGCUCAACUGGCCAGUGCCCAAAAUCUUUACGUUCCAUCACUGAAUGCACAUUAUAUUAAAUGGCAUGCAGUAUCUCUUAUCAUAGUUCAUAAACGCGAUAGGAAUGUUAAAUCAGAAUAGUAAAUCUGAAUCCUGUUUCCCGUCCCCUGUGCAGGUUUGACGAAAUCAUGGAAGCCAGUGAUGGCAUCAUGGUUGCCCGUGGAGACCUGGGAAUUGAGAUCCCCACAGAGAAAGUGUUCCUGGCCCAGAAGAUGAUGAUUGGCCGCUGCAACAGAGCCGGCAAGCCAAUCACCUGCGCCACACAGGUCAGUUUACUUGUGACACUUUUUUUGAAAAACAGGAGACAUUUCAACAGGGAUGCUACACAUGUUUGUUGUGGUGAUGUGAAAGGUUGUGCAUGUUAUUACACUGUUAGUAGCCUGACAUUGUGAACCCCUGUCCUUCCUACAGAUGUUGGAGAGUAUGAUCAAGAAGCCCAGGCCCACCCGUGCUGAGGGUAGUGACGUGGCCAACGCCGUGCUGGAUGGAGCUGACUGCAUCAUGCUGAGUGGAGAGACCGCCAAGGGAGACUACCCCCUGGAGGCUGUCCGCACACAGCACAUGGUGAGACCGAGUGCCCCCUACAGUUACCCUCCAGUACUGUCCUUCAGUCUGGGUCUCAUCAGCCCCUGACUACCACUCGUCCUGACCUAAACUGUGUAGACCUAUCAACAGGAGGGUCAGGACUACUGGAAGUUAUGUGGAAGUCAACCACACAUUUCUACUUCACAUAUUUAUUUAUUCAUGUUUUAUGUCUUAUGUUUUAUGUCAGGGUCAGCAAAAGCAAUCUGGAUUUGACCAGUAUAAUAUUGAGUCAAAAUGUUGUGGUGAUCCAUAGAUGGGUUGGGGAUGCUCACUAGGUUUAGCAGGACAGAGUGUAGGGCAUGGGUGGAGAAUGUGACUGACCCUGCCCUCCUUUUCUUCAGCUCAGCUCUUUAACAGCUGACCUCCACUGUCCUACUCUAUUUCUGCUGCUGCACUCCUCUCUGGAUGCAGGCAGGAGUGACUCAGCAGUCCUUGAGCACCUGCCUAUGAGCUCACUGCAGCAUCAAGUCCUUCACACUCUUAAACAUGUUUUCACCUCUCUAUUAAGAAUGCAUUGUGAGUUAACUGAAAGCACUGUCCUACACAAGGGCUAACAUUACGCUCAGACUAACUCUGCCUCUUAACAGCUUCUCUUUUACUGUCUUUGAAUGUUUUCCCUCUUUGUUUCUAUUGGAUUUUGAAAGCAGUUUCUUACUCGUCUCAUUUCCUGUUUGACAAUAUCGCUUCUUCACCUGUGUGACUGUAAGGCAUGCAUGUUAUAACACCAAUUGGCUAUAGUCAUCUGCCCAUCUCAUAAAACCUCUUCACAGCUAACUAGUUUGAAUGAGCAAAGUCAGUUUGGGUGAUAUGCUGUAUCAGAAUGUAAUUCUAACUAUAGAAGCAGUUUAGGUUGUGUUUUAUAAUGCUGUGAUGUGUUAGAUGCCAUAGCUAAAUGGAGUGGCUGUGGUGGCCCAUUGGCUGUGUUUUAACAUGUUUGUUAUGUUCUUGUCUCACUAAACGGCACUGACUAAACCUACAUUUCUCUCCUUUCCCUCUACCUACCUACUCUCUCCUCAUCCUAUUCCUUUUACCUAAACGUCCUACCCUCCCUCUGUCCUUUCCUCCUAUCACUCUCUUUCCUUAUCUGUCUGUCUGGCGUUCUCCUUGUCUGUCUGCUACAUCUUGCCCUCGCCUGUGCCAGAUCGCUCGUGAGGCAGAGGCAGCCAUGUUCCAUCGGCAGGUGUUCGAGGACCUGCGCCGCGCGGCGCCGCACUCCACCGACCCGGCCGAGGCUAUCGCCAUCGGCGCCGUGGAGGCCUCCUUUAAGAUCUUGUCCUCUGCGUUCAUUGUGCUCACUAACUCUGGAAGGUAGGCAGGUGGCUGUAGCACUGCUGGCUGGGAGGGGGACUCAGGAGGUUUCUGUGAAGCCAGAGUAGGGAGAGACAGGGACUGAAUGAGAGGGCAUGGCACAUGUUUACAGGUCCUUACGGUCACAACAAACUGGAGACCACAAAGUUGAAUCAUUAUAAGAAUUGGCUAUAUAUCUGGUAGUGGCUCUUAUUGACAGCCAGUUUUAGUCGUGACACCUAUGCAUCUCUGUAAAUGAACUGGACCAGGACUGUAUAAGCGUUUGCCAUGCCUCUCCGGUGCGAGGAGCGCCUCGCGGUGGUGUGUCGUGGUGGUGUGACUGAGUGUAACCCCCGUGCCCCCCCCCUCCCUCGGGCCCACUCUCACACACACUCAGAUUGCUCGGGAGGCUGAGGCAGCCACCUUUCACAGACAGCUGUUUGAGGAGCUGCGACGCACCACCCACCUGACCCGGGACCCCUCUGAGGCCGUGGCCUGUGGCGCAGUGGAGUCCUCAUUCAAGUGCUGCGCUAGCGCCCUCAUCGUACUCACAAAGACGGGCAGGUAAGAGAAAGGCAGGGAGGAGAGGGACAGGCAGCAGCAGGUAAGGGACUCACAGAACAUGCAACUCUGCCCCUUAACAUCCUAUUCCCCUACUUUAGAUUGGUGGGGAACGGUUGCAUGGUCCCAGAUAGACGUCACCCCUCUGUGUGUGGAGUGUUCCAGGGUGGGUGGAGUAAUGUGAGCUGUAGAAGGGUGGGUGGGGGAGUGUGUUAUGGGUUGGAGUGAACUGGGUUGUUCUAAUUGGGGAUGCACAGAGGCCACUCUGUAGAGGCAGAUCUGUAGCUACAAAUAUAACAUUUUAUUGAUCUUUUUUUUUAUGAAAACUUAAUAUUUUUAAGAGUCCAACAUUAUUGGGAACACCUACACUGGUAGAUCCAUACAGUUUGUCAGGGUAGAAGGUUCUGCAGCUGUAUUGACAAAACACUGCAGGAGUCAUUGAGUUGUGUUCACCCUCACAUCAACUGACCCUUUUGACUGCUCAACCUUGACAUUUUCCAGACUAUUUUGAACUCUCAUUGUGCUGACUUUGUUUGACCAAUCUAGAGUGACUGUCUGCAACCCCAACAACCUUGGCUUCUGAAGUGUUUGACAGGAUGAAAUGUAACUUUGAUUGGCUUGUUUAAUGUUCACAAUGAGACAAAUGCUUACAGACUUGGCAUGUAGUUCAAAUGAUCUCCCAUUGACAUCAAUGCGUACUUUAGGGUUACGCAAACCAUUUAUUUUACUAUAGUAGGUCCUCUACUAAUCAAAUCAUUAGUUCCCUAAUAUUUCAGAAAUGCAUUUUAGUAGGCUUUGUUCAAGUCAUAUUGCCAGUAUCUGAAAUGGGAAUGGCAGCAGGCCUUGGGUGUGUCCUUGGCUGAAGGGGUCUGAGCUGUGUUGUCUGUGUGCAGGUCAGCCCACCUGAUCUCCAGGUACAGGCCCCGCGCCCCCAUCAUUGCUGUGACCCGUAACGGCCAGACCGCCCGCCAGGCCCACCUGUAUCGUGGGAUCUUCCCUGUCCUCUACAACAAGCCUGCCCACGACGUCUGGGCCGAGGACGUCGACCUCCGGGUCAACUUCGCCAUGGAAAUGGGUGAGAGUCCGCAGCCAUUUUAAAGCUAUUUUCAUGAGCUGUAAGAUCUACUGGAUAUCUAUGUUAUUUAGUGCUCACCAGAAGAGAAGCUCACUCAGUCCUUCAGCUUCCAAACGGUCUAAACCAGGGGUCUCCAACCUUUUUCUAGCAUGAGAGCUACUUUAAAAAAAUAUUUAAACUUGCGAUCUACUAAAAAAAAUUAUAGCUUUCAAAUGGGCACAUUCCUCUCCCCUCCAAGUCUUCCGUGUCAUUAGUGUACAAGAGAAAGUAUUGCACUGUUUUGUCAAUAUACCUGGUAAAAUAAUGGUUAAUAAACCACUAAGGGGGGGGCCCUAAAAUCUAUUUUCUUCUCCCAAAUUCAGUUUUAUAUUUUCCCAAAUAGUUUUCUGUUUAAUUUUUCUUGGUUUUAGAUUACUUCGUUGUUCAUAGAAACAAUGAAAUUGAUGUCCAUGACAAUGCUUAAAUCACAUCAGAAGACUUCUUUUUUUUUUUUUGUAUUCCUUUUUUUUUGGGGUGGCGGAAGAUUUGAUUUUAAUUGCUCAUCUAGCGAGUGAGGAAUGUGCCGAGGGGGUGGAUGCCCAGUAUCCCUUAUGGCUCGGGUGUCUACUUCCACCAUAUACAUCCUAUAUGCAUGCAUAUGAGUCAACUCUGACAGAUCCAGCUCAGAGGCCCCCAGCUCAUGAGCUCCAUUAGCAGCAGAUUUUAAUUUAGAAUGGAAAAUGAAUGUGUUUGUAUACAACAAAUGUUAGUGUUGUAUCGAUUCGUUCCUCUAAUCAAACCGACUCGCACAGAAUAGUUUCAAACUACAACGUAUCGAUUUGUCUUGAAAGGGGAAGAUGCGCACACCCAUACUAACUUUCCUUGCUAGCUUAAGUUGACAUCAAUUCACCUCCCUAGAACUUUGUUUGUGAUCAUAUGCUGAUUUCAAAGCUGAUUGUCAACAAAAACAUUCACUGGGUUAAUCGUCUCUCCCUCGCCGAACUGACUGCAUGUGCCUCGUGAAUGACUUCCUUAAACAGUGUGCGAUUUUAAAAAAGCGAUUUUGCUACUUCUAUGCAAAUGUUGAUCAGUACAAUAAAAUAAGUCACAAAUGGAAGGUAAACCGAUUGUCAUCUGUAGCCCCAUAGACCAAAAUAAGCUCAAUAACUCAAAGCAUCCUAUGAGUAGGCCUAGGCUACAUCUUGAUCUACCAAGAUGAUCAAUAGAUUUACUAUUCAAAUAAAUGAUUACCAUUGUUGUAGUUGUAUGCAUUAAUGAAUCAAUUAUACAAUCAAUUUGACUUUGGUAAAAAACAAUCCAUGGCUGUCUCAGGGAAAAAAUUGCCAUUUUGAACAUUUCAAAUGUAAUAUUGAACUCAAUGGCCAAAGAUUUGCCAGAACAGUGUAGUAGCCUAGUUUCUGUCUGGAUCAAGUGCCAUUCUUUGACUUUGGAUAAUUAUUAUUUUUUGCUGUGGUAUUGUUUUGGUAUCUCGAUACUAAUCCUGGUAUGGUGAUUAUUUUUUAUUUUUUUACAUUCCAUUGGUAUGUGUAUGGUAUUGACCAUGUUGACGUUCUAUUGGUAUGUGUACGGUAUUGACACCUGUGCUCUUUGUUUUCCAGGCAAGGAGCGAGGGUUCGUCAAGGAGGGCGAUGUGGUGAUCGUCCUGACCGGCUGGCGCCCAGGCUCUGGCUACACCAACACCAUGCGUGUGGUCGUGGUUCCUUGA